CAGACACAACAAGUGCAACUCGCAACGAUACAUCUACAAGUAUACCUGGUAUCCUCCAUCCUAUUGGCCGACUGACCGCGUCGCUGUCAGGAGCGUCGUCUGUCUCGCUCUUUAACGGCGGCGCGCCGGCUCUAUUGCUCACACACACAGGCGUUUACACACACCACUGCAGCGCCAGGCUUUGACCCACGAGCACGAUGGCGGCGCUGUUUAUUUGCGUCGUACAACAAAAGGUUAUUGAGUUCAACAUCGCGGAUCAGCAGCUACAUCGCGCGCAGAAGGAUGAGGACCUACGUGCGGAGCUUAGUGCGCUACAGCCGCCUGCUGACGUCACCGGCAGUAGCAGCAAAAGUGCCGCCGACCCGCUUGUACAACCGGGGGGCGGCUGCCUGCUGCUGAGCCCGGCGCCCACCACAAGCGUGGCCAACGUGGGCUCAGCCGUCUGCGUGUUUGAGGGCAUCCUGAGCAACGCGGCCGCUCUGGCUGAGGCCUACGCGCCAGUGCCCGAGGACGAGCCCAGCCCCGCCGUCAUCAGUCUGUCCAACGCGCAGUUGAUCUGCCACAUGUACGCCCAGGCGGGUGUGGACCUGCUGGGACUGCUGCGCGGCUCGUUCACGUUCGUGCUGUACGAGAGCAAGACGAGCCGCGUCCUGGCUGCUCGCGACGGCUCGGGGCGCUGCCCUCUGUUCCAGGGCCGCACCGGGCGCGACAGUCUGGCGCUGUCCUGCAGCCGGCAGCUGCUGGAGGGGCUGGCGGGCUGCCACGACGUGGUGGAAUUCAUGCCAGGUGACUACAAGUACGGCUGGAGCGCCACGCCGCGCCGUUACCAGCCCGCGGACAGCGCCAAGCUGUCGCGCCGCUCGCUGGACGGACACCACGGCGGCGCCGGCGUCGGCAGCGCGUCUGGCAGCCGCCGCAGCAGUGUCGACCUGCAGCACGGCGGAGCGGGCGGCAGCAGCAGCCGCCCCGGCUCCCGCCGCACCAGCCUUGACUUCCAUGACCCGCACGCGCCCGCCGCGGCUGCGUCGAUGUCGCCGCUGCACCCGCACCCGCACCGCACGUAUGUGGUGACGGCAGAGGACCCGCGCAUCCACAAGGCCCAAGCGGGCGCCGCCGCCGCAGCGGUGGGGCAGCAGUCGCCGCCGCACUACCACGGGAGCCAGCAGCAGCAGCACCGCCCCGGCAGCGGCCGCCGCACCAGCAUGGACCGGCGCCGCAGCGUGGACCAGCAGGGCCCUUGGCGACUCGGCUCGGAGCAGCUGCAGCAGCACCAGCAGCACCAGCAGCAGCAGCAGCAGGCGGCGCAGGGACAGUUGAAGGAGGCGAACCACAAGCCGCAACAGACGCAGGGACAGGGGCAGCAGGGCGCCGGCGGGCGACGCCGCAGCAUGAGCAGCCGCGACGGGCGUGCCAGUCUGGACGGCCGCAGCAACGCCUCCUCCACGGACAGCCGCUCCACGGCCCCCAAGGCGGCGCAGCCGCAGAAGGCUAAGGAGGCUGCCAAGGCGAGUGCGCAUGAUGACCACAAGGACAGCGCCGCAUGCAGCCUGCGGGUGGACGCGCCAGAGUGGAAGCCGACAUGGGUGGCUGCGGCGGGCGCGCACAAGCAGCCGGCACCGGUGGAGGCUGUGACCGCGCCUUAAUGCCCGGCGGUGGCGGCGGUCGCGGAGGAGAUAGCGGCAACUGUUGGCACUGGUUCCAGGUGGGGGUGUUGGUCACGGGUGUCGGUGAUAGGUGAAGCAUUUCAGGUUGCAGGACGGCUACGGCGGCACACAUGCAAGAUGCACGGAAUGCGGAUACUGGGGAUGUCACUGUAUAUGAUACGAGAGGGCCCCUUGGUUGGACAGCCGCCGCACGGAUGCGCACACAGCCAUCCAUGCAGGCUGCGUUGAGAAGGGCUGGCGCUGCGCUUGCAAUUUUUACGUGCAGCGUGCGUCGGCAAAACAUAGCAUACUGGCGCAAACCGCGAGUGCUACGUAUUACUAUUUGCUAUUGUCUAUUGCACGUCCGGAUUUGCGGGGAUGCCAAAGGCCCCCAACAUAGAUGCGUGUGCUUAGUAGGCGCCCGCGUCAAGGUGGCUGGGUUGAUAACGACCCGGGAUCAGCCCUUUUCCUGCCUCCCUAAGGCAGCCACCUCCUUGUUACGUGCAGCCCAUUUAAGAGCCGAGGAUGUUUAUUGGGGGGGGGGUUGCAAAGAUGGUUGGAAGUUGAGAAGCGGUACGGUUGUGGUGGUGGUGGUGUAAAACAGUCUCUGUGCACGGCCUGGAUACUCCCUUUUCGGCCGCUUGAGUUUUGGAAGCGAGUCAAAUUUCAGGGGUGAGCGCCGCGUUGUAGCCUGUAGACGGUGAACGUGGUGUGGGCAUAUCCCAAUUUUCCCGUUCGGCCGCUGCGGGGAUUCACUUGUAAAGUGUAUCGGUUGUCGGCCAGCAGGCGGCGAGUGAGGUCAUUUCUGACCGGGGGCACCCUUGGUUGUGACGAGAUGAGAUUCGGAUGUCGAUGUUGUUGCACGGGCGCGGAAUGCAUGCGAGGCUCAGCUGGUGCCGCGGUGCGCUGAACGUAUCUUGCUAGACCUGACAGGCGGUGCCCGUGUAUUGUGUUCGUAAGCGUUGAAACCGUGUUUCGUAUCCAGUGCCUUGUGAAAGGUCGAGUGUAACAUCAGGUCGUU